AGACGCGUGAUUUCUGUCUUCAUAAUUCUGCGCGUUUGCCAAACGGCCGAAACGUCGUGUGGGCGUACGAGGGAGGAAGACGCAAACCAACGGCAUUCGGGAAAAGUAAUUUCUUUGUCCAAUUAUGUGUUGUGUGUCUUUGGUCAACAGAAAAGCCACGAGGAAAUUUGCGAGUGUCCGUAAUCAUCGAGAUGGGGGGUGCCCCUCGGAAUGAGUCAUUUAUCAGCGCUGAAGGCCAUGAAUGUAGACUUCAUUACGCCAUCGCCUGAACAUUUAACAACACGAAAAUUGGUCUUAUCGCAUUCUAUUUAAGACGUCGUCGUGUUUAUUUAACAGAAAGUUAUUUGUCGUGUCGCGGAGGCCGAGCUCAGGUAAUUUUGUGACAUUUUCCUGGGCGCGAUCGACACUCCAGGAGCGGCCCCCAGAAACAGGUGGCUCUCCUCCGGAAUGGCGAGCAGAUUCUUCUGGUGUUGCGGCGUCCUUGUGGGAGCGGCUUGCGGCUUCAACCGAACGCUCCCAGAAAAUUUCAUGCUCGGUGCCUCCACAUCGGCGUAUCAGAUUGAAGGCGCUUGGAACGAGAACGGUAAAGGACCGAGCAUCUGGGAUACGUACGCGCACGAAGGAAGUUUCAUUGUGGACGGGGCGACGGGUGACGUGGCUGCCGAUUCGUAUCACCAGUACGAGCAGGAUGUGUCAGCGCUGACGGAGUUGGGGGCGGAUUUCUACCGGUUCUCAAUUUCGUGGCCUCGCAUUCUGCCAACUGGACACGUGAACGCGAUAAAUCAGGAAGGCGUCGGAUACUACGACAGACUGAUCAAGGAACUGAGGGCAAAGGACAUUGAGCCAGUGGUGACGAUGUACCACUGGGACCUGCCCCAGCCUCUGCAGGACCUGGGCGGCUGGACCAAUCCUGUCAUGGCGGAUUUCUUCGAGGACUACGCUCGUGUUUUGUUCUCGGCGUUCGGCGACAGGGUCAAAUGGUGGAUCACCAUCAACGAGCCGUACAACGUGAUUCUGGGCUACAAUGCCGCGCGGCCGUUCGCCCCAGGAGUGGAAGCGAAGGGCGUAGGCCAUUACCUCGCCGCCCACACCCUGAUAAGGGCCCACGCCAAAGCGUACCGCCUGUACGAGAAGAAGUUCAAGGCCGACCAGGAAGGCAGGCUGGGUCUGUCGUUGUGCAGCCAUUGGUUCGAGCCAAUGACGAACUCCAGCGCCGACGUCGAAGUGGCAGAGGCAUCGAUCCAGUUGGUGCUCGGUCUGUUCGCGCAUCCUGUCUACAGCUCGGAAGGAGACUACACGCAGAUGCUGAGAAAGAUCGUGGACCAAGUGAGCGCCGCGCAGGGGUUCAACAGGUCACAUCUGAGACACUUCAGUCCUGAAGAAGUUUCGACUAUUAGGGGGACCUUCGACUUCUUUGGCCUCAACUACUACUCCACCCGCUUGGCCAACGCUCUCCUGCCGCUGGACGAAGCGGCCAAGUCUGAGGGCGACUACGUGAAUCUCACUGUCAGCGCGAAUUGGCCGACGUCUGUGUCGGAGGUGGUCAAGGUGGUGCCCUGGGGGCUAAGAAAAUUGCUGGCUUGGAUCAAGGAUAAAUACGACAACGUGCCAGUGUUUAUUACGGAAAAUGGGUUUCCUGACAGCGGGCAGUUGGACGACGUCCGCAGAAGCCAGUACAUUGUCAGUCACAUGAGCGAAAUGCUGAAGGCAAUUUAUCAAGAUGGCUGCAAUGUGUUUGGCUACACGGUCUGGAGUCUCAUCGACAACAUGGAGUGGAGUCACGGAUACACAGAGAAGUUUGGGCUGUACCACGUUAAUUUCAGCGAUCCAAAUCGUCAACGGACUCCGAAGAGUUCUGCUCGUGUUUUCUCCGAAAUUAUCAAAAGACGUCGGUUGCCAGAAUCUUUUCUGAGGGUUGAAACAGAAUUUUCGUCGGAGAUUACAAUGGAAUAUGCAACGAAUAACUGUUCCUCCCCAACGCAACAUGUUACCCAUGCCAGCAGCGGACGAAAUUUGUUUCCUUGCAGUAGGAAGUUCCUCGCUGUGUGGUUGGCGACACUGACCUGCAGUAGCUACAUCUUCAGGUUAUGACGCGAACCGUGUAUCGAUCUGCUGGCGAAGUGUUGUUUUUUAUGAAAUCAGUGAAUUUGGAGUUUAAGGACUUUUCAUGCGUAAGUAAAGUGUGUAUAUUAUUAGUAACUGGUUCGUAAAUUCCUAAACUCGGGAACAGAACUUACCAAAUGUAGCAGAAUAUAACUUCCUUAGAUGAUGUUUGUGAAGCAAGUUUUCUCAUUUUCUGUCGACCACAAAGUCCAAUAUAAUGGUAUUUAGUUUAACAUUAAAAACUUCCGAAUACAAA